AACCUGAUUGUAUUUCUUUCUGUUGCAGAUGUGAAGCCGCUGGUGGACGAGCACAGUAUUGACCUGCAGACCCUUGGGUCAUCUCUGGCGUCCUCUGCGGAGCCCCUGUUGUCCAGCAGCCCUACCUCAUGGAGCACAUCAGUGUCCGGGGAGGUCCCCGCCGCCCUCGCGACCACGUCGUCCGACUCGGCGCUCUGGUCAGACAGGCCCGACGACGCUGAGGGGUCGCCGUCCAGCGUCCCUGGCCCCGGGCUCAUGUCCACGCUGCUCGCCGCCGGCCCCACCCCAUCCGCGGACCCCGACGAGCUGUCUGACGGCGAGCUCGCCCCCAGCAAGGUGCCGCGCUCAGUGGCGUACACCCUGGGCCCCACCGAGGCCGCGUACAGCCGAUCCUCGGUCGGCAACGAGGUGCUGUGCGCCCCCGGGGCCUACUGUGCCCCGCUCUUCCAGUGCAGGACCAUCCUGGACCUCCUCGACAAGACGUGCCUCUCCGGCGAAAAGCUGGCGCAGUUGACGUGUGGGACCCGCGGCGCCGAGUCCAUGGUGUGCUGCCCUCCGGGCGGCUUCUCGCCCAUCUACCUGAGCACGGCCGCGCCCGUGGCCGCGGCGGUAGUCACGGCGCCGCCCGUGGCCGUCACCACCCCGGACCCGCUGCCCGCCAAGUGCGGCGUCCCGCACCUGUACAACUGGAGGAGCCGCUACGCGGGGGUGGGCGCCCAGCCCUGGGUGGCGCGCGUCGGCUUCAAGAAGGUGGACACCGGCGCCGUGGAGUACCCCUGCUGCGGGUCCAUCAUUUCUGAGCGGGUGAUCCUAACCGCCGCCCACUGCGCGUUGGCUAAGAGCGCGACGCACAAGCUGUCGUCCGUGCGCGUGGGCGAGUACGACGCGAACUCGGACCCGGACUGCUCCACGGGCUUCUGCUCGCGGCCACCCCAAGACAUCCCCGUGGACCACGUGGUGGUGCACCCCAGCUACGAGCGCGCCACGUUCCGGCACGACGUGGCGCUGCUCGUGCUGAAGGCGCCUGUCGCCUUCCACCUCGGCGCGCAGCCCAUCUGCAUCAACCAGAACGUGGCGGGGGUGGUAGGGCAGCGAGCCAAGCUCGUCGGCUGGGGCCUAACGGCCGGCCAGACAGCGGUGCCGGGGCCGCAGCAGCAGCUGGACCUGCCCAUCGUGCAGCUGGAGACGUGCGCCCAGGUGUACGAGCGCGUCGUGCCCGUCACUAGCGACCAGCUCUGCGUGGGCGGCGAGCAGGGCCGCGACGCCUGCUCGGGCUUCGGAGGCGCGCCGCUCGUGAGCCUGGACGCCACAGGCACGCGCUACUACCAGAUCGGCAUCGUGUCGUUCGGGUCCACCCGUUGCGGCGUGGAGGGCGUCCCCAGCGUCUACACGAGGGUCGACCACUACGCGGAGUGGAUCCGGGCCAACAUGGUUCAGUAGGAGUGGUCGCGAGGCCCGUGGGGGGUGGCGCGCCGAACCUGAGAUGAAGACGCACUCCGAGUCAUCUUACGGAGAGCGCACAGAAGAACACCUCCGCGGAUAUGAGUGGAUAAAAACGGCCGUCCUGUCAGACGUUUAGAUUCUGUAGAAGCGUCACUGUGACAUAGGCAACCCUGCUUACUCGCCAUUGCUGGCCCCCGCCCCCGUCCGCGUCCGGUGCGCUGACAACCAACAGACAACCCUUUGUCUUGUAGAGGGGCGGCGCGGCAGCAUUGUGGCCCGCCAGCCUAGUUCACCUCUUUUAACUAGGUUGUAAAGAAAUCCCGUCCAGUGACUGCUUAGCUUUUCUAUUUCGUUCUUCUGUUGGCCAAAUAUCAUAAUGGUAAACUUUGUCAAAAUCAAAUUUCAAACACCAAAGAGA